AUGUCACAGCACUCGCGUAUACAGAAUGUCGUCGGUUCAGGGCGCGGUAGCCAUGUCGUGCGGUCACAGCUGAGGCUCGGACGCGAGUGCGGGCGGCGGCGUCGAGGGCCACCGCGAUGCGUUGCGCGGAAGCGACCUUCCGAAUCUGCGACCUGCAUUUGCGAACCCGACCGCGCACCGGUCGUCGACUUGUGGCGUUUUAGCUAA